UAUAUAUAGACAUGAAUAGCACACAGGAAGAACCAUGAAAAGAAAAUUAGAUCAAAUAAUCAACCAAAUAUUUUGAAAUCCAAGAAGCAAAGAAGGCAUUUCAUCUCUUUCUUUUUCCCAAGGAUAUAAGGAUUAAGGAGACAAAUUUCCUAAACUAAUGGGGCGUUGGAUGAAACCUGAGGUUUACCCUCUAAUGGCGGCAAUGACAUUUGUGACGAGUAUGUGCGUCUUUCAAUUAUCACGAAAUUUGAUAAGGAACCCUGAUGUUAGGGUGAGCAAAGCUCGAAGGAACAUGGGAGUGUUAGAGAACCGAGAAGAGGGAGAGAAAUACGUAGAGCAUGGGCUGAGGAAGUUCCUUCGCACUCGACCACCCGAGAUUAUGCCAACCAUCAACCACUUCUUCAGUCGCCAAGAUAAAUCAUCAUGAAUCCGGCCUCCAUUAAAAUUCCAAUAAUUUUAUGUGGAGUUGAUAAUUAAAGACUGUUAGAUAAUGAUUUAAUUAAAUUUGUUAAAUCAUCUAACAAUUUUUGAAUAUCAACUUUAUAUAAAUGCACGUGGAUUUUCAGCCAUCAAACCUUACUUCUCAUUUGUGUAUUUUAAUAUUUUGCAAGCGUCUGUACGUUGUUAGUGUCCAAAAAUAAGAUCAUUUUAGGUAAUAGAGAGUGUGUGUAUUAGUUAACGCUGGUUUAAAUGUA